UUGCUUUUAAAAUUUAUAUAUUUUAUUGUUAUUUUUAUUAGAAAUAAUGAGUGAAAAGAAGGAAUUAAUGACAUAUUCAUCAAAUUCAUUUGAUGAUCCUCCUCCUUAUGAAUCUAUUAGUGUAUUUUCAGCACCUUUACAUCAACAAUUAAAUGGAAAACGAAUAAUUUUAGCUUCUACAUCACCUAGAAGAAAACGAUUAUUGCAACAAAUGGGUUUUACAACAUUUGAAAUACAGGCACCAGAUAUAUCAGAAACAGUAGAUCCAUCAUUAGAUUUAAUGCCAUGGGAAUAUUGUGUUGAAAUGGCAAGUUCAAAGGCAUUAUGUGUUUAUAAGUUGCUGGUGGAUACGUCACCACCUCCAGCACUUAUAUUAGCAGCUGAUACAGUGGUAUUAUCAGGUAAUACAAUGCUAAAAAAGCCUCGAUCUCAAACAGAACAAUUGGCAAUUUUGAAAAAACUUCGUGAUAGUAAAUAUCCACAUAAAGUAUUUACAGGAGUUGCUGUUAUUGUUCCAUUGAAGGUUCCUAUUCAACCUGGAUACAAUUUAAGAACACAUGUUGAAGAAUCGGAAGUAACAUUUGAUACAACAAUAACCGAUGAUUUUUUAGAAGCCUAUGUAUCAUGUGGAGAAGGUGCUGAUAAAGCAGGUGGUUAUGGUAUCCAAGGAUAUGGUGCUUUGUUAGUUGAAUCUAUCAAAGGUGAUUAUACAAAUAUUAUUGGUCUUCCACUUCGUUCUACAUAUAAAUUAAUGGAAAAAACAUUGAAUGAAGAUGCGUAUGAUGAUCUCUUGAUUCAUGAUCUUUAGUCCAAAGAUUAGAAGGAUUAUUAACAAAAAUAUAACUAUCUUUUC